GGGAGGAGGACCUCGAUGAAGACACUAUGUUGGAACCCGAAGAUGAGGUUCUUGAUCCGUUGGAUAUUCUCCUGGACUACAUACUUGAGGCAUGUCUAACGUCUGAUGUCAAGAUUGCAAUUGCAUGCGAUAGUGAUGUUGAAAGCAUUGUUGGCGACGAGCAGGUAGUUGAUCUUGCGAGCUAUCUUCGCCAAGUACAACCUCCGGUUCGCAUCGAUGGCGCGCUCGGCUCGCUGUGCGCGAAAGAUGUUGUAUCCCACGAGCGAAAACGUGCUUUCACGCGUCGCACCAUCAUCGCCCCCGACUUGGCGAAGUGGUCAGGCAUCACCUUUGAAAAUGCCGGUCGCAUGGAGGACAUGCUCGUCUUCAUUCCAGGUCCGACGGAAGAGGAGAGCAUACCCCUGAAGCUGCAAUACCUUGUCUUUGCCGAUUCUCGCGAUACAUCCAAAACGUGUCAGUGCUUCGCACUGUCAAACGAUGGCAAGCUUCUGGCAGCAUCAUUCUGGAGUAGCGAUGUCCUCGUAUGGCGACUUUCUGACGGUCUUUUGGUUCAGCGCCUACACCAUCAGAACCAUAAAUACCAAGUCGUUUCCCUAUCAUUCUCCCCAAGUAACCGCACCCUUGUCUCCGGGUCCCUCAACGAGAGCACUGUUGUCUGGGACAUCCGGAGCGGCC